UUGAACGCUUCGCCAGAUCCCGUUGGGCGAGGAGAUCGAGGAGCGAAAGUUAAACCAUGGAGAGCCUGCACUCCCACUGCAUGAAAUGCAUCAAGAGACGGUGCAUGGUGCGCCCGGAGCCGGGGGUUUGCUGCGACCUGAUUGGCUGCCCUCUGGUCUGCGGGGCGGUGUUUCACUCCUGUAAACUGGAGGAGCACCGGCUGCUGUGUGCCUACGAGCGUCUGCCCUGCAUCAACAGAGGCUUCGGAUGCCCUUUCAAUAUCACCCGCAUCCGCAUGGCCAAACAUCUGGAGAAGUGUCCGGCUAGCAUCGUUUGUUGCACCAUGGAGUGGAACAGAUGGCCCGUUAGCUACGCAGACCGCGAGUCCUACGAGAAUCUGAGCAAAGACUUUGACGAGGUGGAGCAGCUGGACAUGGCUCUGGCUCUGCAGGACCAGAGGAUGCUGCUGGAGUCUCUGAAGGUCACCACCACCGUGUCCAAGGACAAGGACCACAAGAAGAUGUCCAACGGGGCGUCAAACGUACCUGAGGUGGUGGAGAUGGAAGAGGAGAAAGAGGAGGAGUCGGUGUAUAACGGGGGCUUCAGAGCCUCCUUGGAAACCAGCAGGAGUUUAGCCGCCGCUCUGGACAUCCUCACCAACUCCAAGGACAUCGAAGUGAUCGUGGGGGGGUUGAACGGAGGGAAGAACCAUGUUUACGCAGCAGAAGGGGGGAAGAACGUGGACAUGAAGGAGGAGGAUUCAGAUUCAGAUUGUGAGCUGGGAGCGGUGGGAGGAGUGGACUGUGCAGUUGGGACAGAAGAUUGGGUGGAGGAGAGAGACUUUGUGGAGCUUUUCUUCGAGGAGAAAGAGGUGGAGAGCAUCGAUGAAGAGGAAGAAACCAUCGAGGACUCCCAGUUGGUGUAUCCGGUACUUCCUCUGAACUCUCUUCCCAUGGCGCUGCUUUCUCAGGACUUCCUUCAAGCUCCUUUACUUCCUCCAAACUUCCUUCAAGCUCCAGCGCUUCGUGCAGACUUCCUUCCCGUGGUUCAACGACCUCCAGGCUUUCUUCCCGUGAUUCAACGACCUCCAGGCUUCCUUCCCGUGGUUCAGCGACCUCCAGGCUUUCUUCCCGUGGUUCAGCGACCUCCAGGCUUUCUUCCCGUGGUUCAGCGACCUCCAGGCCUUCUUCCCGUGGUUCAGCGACCUCCAGGCCUUCUUCCCGUGGUUCAGCGACCUCCUGGCCUUCUUCCCGUGGUUCAACGACCUCCUCCAGCGACCCCGGUGCCCUUCCGUCUGUCAGACCACGUGAUGCGUAAUGGCUUCCUGCAGCACCUCCCCUCAGAGUUACGGUUCCGCUGCCUGGAGAGGAAGCUUCAGAGCGUGGAGGUUCUCCGGGGGAUCAGCAUGUUCACUUUUAACGGCCGCCGGGCACUUCUAUCCGACCCCUACUUGUUCCGAGCCAAAAUGGAGGACAAGUCUGUGGACACGUCGGAUCUGGAGGUGACGGACGACCCGAUGGGGCUUCACGGCAUCGACUUAAUCACCGCGGCGCUUCUUUUCUGCCUCGGCGACUCCCCGGGGGGUCGCGGGAUCUCCGACAGCCGCUUCGUGGACGGAUAUCACAUUGAUUUCGGCACCCAGACGUUCUCCUUCCCCUCCGCUAUCCUCGCCACCAACACAAUGGUUGGAGACGUGUCUUCGGCGUCCGCUUGUGAUCACGCCAACCCCCAACUCUCCAACCCGAGCCCGUUCCACACGCUGCGUCUGGACCUGGUUCUGGAGUGCGUGGCUCGAUACCAGACAAAACAGCGUUCUAUGUUUACGUUUGUGUGCGGGCAGCUGUUUCGACGGGACGAAUUCUCCUCGCACUUCAAGAACGUGCACGGGGAUAUCCACGCGGGUUUGAACGGAUGGAUGGAGCAGCGUUGUCCUCUGGCGUAUUACGGAUGCACUUUCAGUCAACGUCGCUUCUGCCCCUCGGUGCAAGGUUUCCGGAUCAUCCACGACCGGCACCUUGGGUCCUUCGGGGUGAAACCAGGCCCCCCGAGGUGUCGCAGGAGGGUAGGGUGUGACGGGGAUCAGCUGAGCGGCCUUCCCUUCGAGGUGCUGCAACACGUGGCCUCCUUCCUGGACUCCUUCAGUCUGUGCCAGCUGUCCAGGGUGUCCCGCACCAUGAGGGAGGUGUGUGGCAGUCUGCUGCAGAUGAGAGGCAUGGUGGUGCUGCUGUGGAACAAGAUCAGGAGAGCGGACGGGUCCUCAUCGUGGCAGAUCACUGACAAGGUCAGGAAGAUUGUAUUUCUCUAAAAAAACACUUCCCAG